AGAUGAUUUUUGCAUAAACGUUUAUUUAUGCUAAUUGCUUUCCGAUCGUAGAAAAUUUUGCAAGCACAUUUCAUCAUUUUGAACAAAUACAGUUAUAAUAAUAUAGUUGAAAUUCGUCUAAAAUCUUUCUUAAGUAACCAUAUUUUUGUUAAAAAGUGGCCAGUUUCAACUAGAUGGUAAGACAAAAGAAGGAUACAAUAUACAAUUUGUACAGCUGGUCGAUAUGGAUCCCUCGCAUUUCUUCUUCAAUGAAGCAAUAAGUACGGGUCUUAUGAUCUAUGAGGAAUAUCUUUGGACUCGCGGAUCGAUGAAAGGAAUGAUAUGGGUCGCCGAUGCCACGGGCAUCACAACAGGACACGUGGGCCGUAUAAACCUACCAAGCUUAAAGAAAUUAAUAUACUACGUACAAGAUGCCUUACCAAUACGCCUGAAAGGAAUACACAUAAUAAAUACGUCGCCAAUAGUCGAAGUGAUAUACAAUAUGGUGAAACCUUUCAUAAGUGCGGAAUUUAUAAAUUUGACACACUUUCAUACUUCACUGCAGAGCGCGAGCGAGUACUUUCCAAUAGAACUAUUGCCCAAUGAACGUGGUGGGAAAGCAGGUUCGAUACAGGAAUUUAUAGACGCGAAUUAUAAGAGAAUGGAAAACUGUCGCAAAUGGUUUCUGGAAGACGAAAAGAACAAUCGCGUGAACGAGUCA